AUGAGUCGACAACCAGCUCAACAGGAAAACGAAAUCGUUGCGUGGUAUAGAAGCAUUCCAACAUGUACAAAAUUCUUAUUCACAAGUUUCCUUGCAAUAACUAUAGCAGGAAACUUUGGUUUAGUUAAUGUUUACUCGCUUUUGUACUUUCCUCGCGCAAUUUUCACUAAAUAUCAGAUAUUCAGCUGGUUAUUAAGUAUAAGUUUACUUAAUCAAUGUUUGGUUAUGGCUAUAAUAUAUUUAUGGGCACAAGAAUUUCGUGAGGCUGUCGUAACUUUUAUGUUCGGAUUAAGGUUUAAGGGAUCUUACUUUCCUUGGGUUCUUCUUUUAUUUGACGUUCUCCGAGGGGGAGAUGUAUUGUCAACAGCUAUUGGAAUAAUUGCCGGUCAUAUAUAUUAUUAUUUACAAGAUCUCUACCCUGCUGCUGGCGGACCAAGGCUAUUAAAUACACCACAAUUGUUGUAUAGAUACUUUCCGCCUUCAUCUAGUGGAGUUAGAACAUCAUUUGGAACUGCUUUUGCACCAAGAAAUCAGAAUACUGCGGGUGAAGGAUCAACGCAUAUAUGGGGUAGAGGACAAAGAUUAGGUUCAUCAUAA